UUUUAUUUAGUGGUCAUGAAUAAUAUACUAGUUAUUGUUGUUAAACCAUUCCAAAAGUUAAAUAGAUAAAAUAAAGUUUAAGUUUUAAAACUAAGUGUUAAAUUCAAUAAAUCUUGUACGUUUAAAUUUAAUUUCUACUCUAUAUAUUUAGUAUAUAGUGACAUGCCGAUAAACAUAUGAAACUAAGUUUAAAGCUUUUUUUACAGUGGGGCGUAUUGUAGAAGGGAUUAAAUCAAUAAAAUAAACAGCCAGAUAGGGCAGCAUUUGGGAGUAUGACCGAAAAUGAUAUUAGUAUACCAUGUGAUUUUGGUUUCUGUUGUUUUGGUAAUUGGUCUGUUAUAUUUAUGGACACCAUUUUGAUGUAACCUUUGAUUGUAAGUCGAAUGGCGAGACGGUCAUGUGCAUAUUAAGUGAGCAAUUGAAAUACAGCUGAUUUAAAAAGAAUUUCCAUAAACAAAAUAUGAUACAUUUCUGUUUCAAUAUAUCCAAGUGUUAAGAUUUAAUAUAUUUUGAAAGGAAGUGAUGUAAGAACGAAGUGAGAAACGAAGUGAGGAACGUCAAGUGAUUACUCUUCCAGCUGAAUCAAGAGCCGCGCCUCUCAAAGAUAUGGAUAGAGAUGAAGAAGCGGAAUCUAUUGAACAGUUACUGGCCGCUCAAUCUGAGGAGGAAGUUUCAAAUGUACCAGGCAGACGUUCUUUAAACAACGCAGGCCUACCACAACACGAAGAAGUAGCCGAUCGACAGUCUCAACAAGAGCAAACUCGCCGUAGACUACUCAAGGAAGCGUUCGAUCAAAAUGGAUAUCCUGGCUUACAUGAGGAAAUAAAAAGACAAUUGAACCAAUGGGAAGAUGUUAAUCUGAAUAUUGCUGUAAUUGGUAUGACGGGUACAGGGAAGUCAACUUUUAUAAACACUGUGAUAGGAAGACAUGUUGCAAACACUGGAUCAACAGAAACGACCUUAAAGUGCACGCCUUUUUCACAUCCGGACUAUCCAAACGUUAAGUUUUGGGAUAUACCUGGGGUUGGUACUUCCAAAAUCCCAAAAAAUGUAUAUAUGAAUGAAAUAAACUUUCAAAUAUACGACGUUUUCGUGCUUUUGUUUUGUAACAGGGUGUAUACAGACAGUACGUGGCUUGUUGGACAAAUAUUAGAAGCGGGAAAAAAAGCAUACAUCGUCAGAACAAUGAUUGACAGUGUCAAUGACAGCGUACAAAGAGACUAUCAAGGAAUGAAAACUGAAGAUGAAGUUCACGAAAUGAUAAUCAAAGAAAUUCGAAAAGACUUGUCGAUAAAAAUCGAUAGAAAUCACAUAUUUCUAAUAUGCUGCUAUAAACUUGAUUAUGCCGAUUUUAAAAAACUACUAAAAACAAUUCUUCAAGAAUUACCGGACUUGAAACGAUCAACGUUGAUACUUUCCCUGUCAGCUACUUCUGAUGAGAUCAUUACCGCGAAGGUCAAAGAGCUAAAGGAUAGGAUACAAUGGAUUUCAAUUAAGACCUCCGUUAGUACUUUCGUUCCAAUAGUAGGGAUUUGUGUCCAGCUCAGUACUCUUUAUAGAGAAGCAAUGUUUUACCGAAAACAGCUUGGAACGGACGCGGAUUCACUAAAGAAGAUAGCAAAACUAAUUGAUUGCAAUGAGAAAGAUAUUUAUGAAAAAUUAGAAAUAAAGGAAAAAGCAAUCUGUAGAUCAGUAUUUGCUGUUUCGGCCUUUUCAGUGAACGCAGGAGGUUAUUUCUUUCUAAAGGAAACGGCAAAAGUAGCUGUACCGGUUGUUGGAACACUUGUUUCCGGUGCUAGUAAUUAUAAAUGGAGCGUUUUUACAUUAGAAUCGAUUUUAUCAAAGUUUGAAAUAGAAGCCAGGAAACUGAACCGCUUUCUCAAAGAAUGGACAGAAAAUAAGAAUAACGUAGCACAAUAAUAUUGUUCAAAGACAAGAGAAAAGUAUGUUGUCAUUAGUUCAUUUGUCAUAGUAUAAACGUUAAUCAUUUUGCUGUUUAUAAAAAGCAAAUUGUAUCACUUAUACAGAUAUUCAAUUACAUAGUUCAGUUCCGAAAAUCUUUCCGCAUAAACAAUAUUAAAAUUGGUCUUACUUGGAUCUUAGAAUAGAGUGGCCAAUCGGAUUGCGUGGUAUACAUAACGGACCAAUCCAAUGAAUGAAGUCAAUGAUGUAUGACCAUAAGUUUGACUUAAGUUGCAUAUUGAAUACCCCUCCUGAUCUGCACAAUAAAUUGUUAUGGUUCCAAGUGUCAAUAUAUUCCCCAAACACGUUUAUUUUGUAUGGCUUUAAACAACAUGAAGGAAUAUAUUCAGUUGAUAUACAUAAAAUGUAACGUUAUCACACGCUGAUUUUUAUCUAUAUACCAUGAACAAUUGAUGUGACAAGUGGAAGGAAGAUGGGA